AUGAAAAACUCCAGCUACCAGAACCCGGUCUUACCAGGCUGGCACUCAGACCCGUCAUGCACUAGGGUCGAUGAUGUAUUUUUUUGUGUGACGUCGACUUUCGAUGUCUUUCCAGGUCUUCCAAUUUAUGCUUCAAAAGAUCUUCUCGGUUGGAAGCUUGUAAGUCAUACAUGGAAUCGCGAGAGCCAGCUGCCCGGAUACAGUGCAGGAACUACUGGCCAGCAGCUGGGGCACUAUGCAGCGACUAUCCGUUAUCACGAUGGUACUUUUUACGUGAUAUGCGUUUAUCUCGGUGCACCGGCUGAAACUGGUGUUCUAUACACCUCCAAGAAUCCGUAUGAUGAGUCUGCCUGGAGCGAUGCCGUUACUUUCAAUGCAUCUGAAAUUGAUCCGGAUCUAUUUUGGGACGAUGAUGGUAAAGCUUAUACUGUCAUGGCAGGCAUAACUCUUCAAGAAAUCGACCUCAAGACUGGUGAUCUGAGCGACUCCAUGAGCAUUUGGAAUGGCACUGGUGGUGUAUAUCCUGAAGGGCCUCAUCUCUACAAAAAAGAUGGAUUCUACUAUCUUCUCAUUGCCGAAGGAGGAACAGAGUUAAAUCAUUCAAUCAGCAUCGCCAGAUCGACCAAGAUUCAGGGACCCUAUGAGUCAUACAAAAAUAACCCGAUAUUAACAAACCGGGGCACCGACGAAUAUUUUCAAACAGUUGGGCAUGGCGAUCUUUUUCAGGAUACUGACGGGAGGUGGUGGGGGAUAUGCUUGGCAACCCGAGGCGGUCCAUCUUGGAAAGUCUAUCCAAUGGGCCGAGAAACAGUCCUUUUCCCAGUUACUUGGGAGAAAGACCAAUGGCCCGCUCUUGAACCAGUGAGAGGCCAAAUGACAGGAUGGCCCUUGCCGUCGCGUACUCGAAAUAUCCCAGGCCAGGGCCCCUUCAAUUCCGACCCUGAUGUCUAUGAUUUCCAAUUUGGUUCUCAAAUUCCCAGGAAUCUUGUCCAUUUCCGAGUUCCUGGAAAAGACAGCUUUUCGGUCACGCGAAAAGGGCUUCGUAUUAUUUCAAGUAGGAGCAAUUUGACGGGAAUCCCCGACAAUUCUCUCCUGAGUGGACAGAAUGGGCUUGGUUUCAUCGGCCGUCGCCAGACUGACACAUUUUUCACAUAUUCGGUCGAUUUGGAUUUCGAUCCAAGCUCGGUCGGCCAAGAAGCCGGAGUGAGUGUCUUUUUGACCCAAAUGAACCACAUCGAUCUUGGGAUUGUGCUUCUCGAUUCAGAUUCAUCGCCUAAUGGUCACCGGUCGCCUCGGCUUUAUUUUCGUUUUAGAACAGAGGCUAGUACUAUGGAUAAUAUUCCCAUCAUUCCGGGAAACCCUCAACCACCGAAAAUUGUUCCUGUCCCACAUUCCUGGAUUGGAGGGAAAAUCAGGCUUCAGGUCAAGACGCUGAACGAGACUCAUUACGAAUUUACUGCGAUGCCUUUCUCCAAUCCACAUGCUGCUAUGAAGAUUGGAAUUGCUUCUGCUCAACUCGUUAGUGGAGGCAGUGGAACAUUUGUUGGAAGUUUGGUUGGGGCUUAUGCUACUUGUAAUGGUGCAGGAUCUGCAUCAAAAUGUCCUGAUGGUGGAAGCCUAUAUGUCAACCGUUGGAGAUACACUGGAGAUGGACAGAUUACAUCAGCGAACGAAAAUCUUAAGUUACUGAUCUAG